AUGACUUCCUCAAAUCGGCCAAAAGUACCAGUAAAGCCCAAGAAUCUUAGGGCAUCUCCAAUCUACGAACCUCAGAAUACGCAGGCAGACACAUACCUACGAACUAGAUCUGUUGAUCAAGAGUCUGAGACUAUAUUGCCUGGUUCGUCUACAGAGGAGCGGCCACCUUUGCCAGCAAGGCCUCUUGUUUCAGCGAUAGAAACGAUUCCGGGAGAUUCGCCUCGGGAGGGAGAUGCUGGAGGAGUAUUCGGUAGGCUAGAUGUUACCAGAAUCAGAGUUGAUCGAUUCCAGAACCUUUUCCAGCCCCCCAGAAAUGUUUUCACUUCCUUCGAAAUGCCUUGGAUGCCCCCGGCAUUGCGCCAGGCCAACGAGAGUGUAAGGAAUACCUUUAGAAAUAUGAUCAGCAAAAUCGAACCUCCCACAGCCUUCAUUGAAACCAAGGAUGACUGCGAUGAUUUGUUUCGUAAAUCACUCGGGCGGGAAGACCUGUGCUCUAAAUGCCGGUCACUUCCUGUGGAGACGUGUGAUGGGAAUUCUCUGGAAGAGACGGAUGGAAAUGAGGUGCACUGGGCAACGCCACUGUCUCGAAUCAUUUUUCAUGCAGAUUGGUGUCGAAUGUGUCGACUAUUACUCUCUAUGCUUGUUCGCCCUGAAUUCGACCCUUUAAAACACCCCGAAGUUGCACCAUAUCUCCAGGAUAAAAUCCAGGGAAUGUCAAUGAGACAGUGGGUGCAACAGGGCUGGAAGUUUACGGAUAAGAACUGGCCAUUUGGAAGGAGCGAGUAUCGUCACGAUGGUGCCACAAAUAUGCUUGGUCCCGCGCGGGACGUCCUUUGGGAUAUGGUGCGCAGACCAGAGAUGUUACAGUUAUUGUCCCAGGCUGUCAAAAUCGCUGCCGCUGGAUCCAUGCAACCCAUCAAAAACACCAAGAGACGAGAUCUACAUAGAAGCACUUAUGGAGAUGGACUGAAAGAGGGCAGAGAGGCGGCGACAAAGUACCCCCUAAGCUGCGUUCUUCAAAUUUCUAUAUUAACGAGAAAGCACCCUGAGUUUCCAGGUUUGGUAUUUGCCAGCCUUGUCGGCUUUGGCAACCGCCCAGGGGGAGAUCCACAGCUACUUAGUCGGUUCAAUCUUCGCGUCACUGAUCUAGCAAACGAUCAGAGCUUCAAUACUGUGAUAGGUCUAUCAUAUGGGAAAAUCCUUGACAAAAAUUGGAUUGACACUUCCACUUUGAGACAAUGGCUGGGUCACUGUGAAACGUAUCAUGGAGACCGGUGUAAAAAGCACGACUGGGGAAUCAUUAUGCAGCGGCCUCGAUUUUUGCGACUCAUUGAUGUCCACAAUCUUUGCCUUGUUGAGGUUCAUAAUCCGGGGAACCAUCGGUUUCUGGCUCUAUCAUAUGUAUGGGGCCAAGUCAACGCCGUCAGACUGAAGUAUGACAACAAAGAGGAGAUGAUGCAGUUUCAGGGUCUCGGAAAAUUCUUGGAUUCUCUCCCACGAACUAUUGUGGACGCAAUGGAACUUGUAAGGUCUAUUGGUGAAAGUUAUUUGUGGGUUGACACUCUGUGUAUAUUGCAAGAGAAUACAUCAGAGGCACGGGAGCAGAUUGCAACCAUGGAUCGAGUCUACGGAAGUGCCGUGCUCACUAUUGUUGCAGCUCAAGGUGUAGAUGCCAAUGGUGGGCUCCGAGGAGUCCCGAGGAAAUGGUAUCCUUCCGAGAAUUCUAGUAUGCCACGUGAAAUUACACAAGAAUCGGCUGAAAUAAAAGAUGGGACGCAUAUCAUUGCACCCUUUCCUUGUACUCAAGAUCUGACGAAGACAAUUUGGAAUUCAAGGGCAUGGACCUUCCAAGAAAAGCUUAUGUCCAAAAGACUUCUCGUUUUUUCCGGAGAUGAGGUUGUUUGGCACUGUCGGCAAAUGAUUUGCAGAGAGGAUAUGCACACCGGAGAUUGUGGAUACAACACCGACCCUCUGGACUGGUUGUCAUUAAAGCCUCAGUACUUUGGGGUUGAUAUUGAUAGACACUGGGUUGAUGGAAGCUUGAAGAUCGAUAGGCACGGCAGAACACGCGUUGUUCGUUCCGGAACCUUUGCCGAGUACGCGAAAGCCGUUGAAAGCUACACAUCACGCCAGACCACAUACAAGUCAGAUGCUAUCAGAGCUAUGGAAGGUCUGCUCCACAUAUUCCAAUUGAGUUUCAAAUCCGAAUUCAUCUCUGGUCUGCCUAAAUCACUACUAGACGUUGCUCUGCUGUGGAGAGCAACAAGGCAACUAAAGAGGCGCGAUGGGUUCCCUUCGUGGUCCUGGGCAGGCUGGGAAGGCCAAGUCACCUACAACAAGCCAAUGGCGGUAAACAGGGAUGAUGCGGGGAAUGUAAAGUUUGCCGAAAAAAAUGAAUUCGGCGAAGAGGGCAUUCAGCCAUUACUGCGAUGGCAAGUGUACGACGAGUUUCAUGGAGAAUUAAAGCGCGUGAGUGAUCAUGGGUGGGGGAUACCGCUUAAAGGUGGUGUCCCUCUAGAGUGGGAGGCAACACCCUAUUACGCGGGUCAUCAAAGCGAUCAUCAAAUAUUUGAUCGACCAAUUCUGGUAUCUGAUCUGGAGCCCCGGCAGCUUUCUUCUCUAUCAAGCAGCAAAAUCCCUCAUCUCGUGUUUCUCACAAGUUGUGUUGACACAUUUCAACUUGGCGACUACGUCCUUCAAAACAGUGAUUUAGAGAGACUCAAUCCGACUUCGCCUCCAGAUUGCUCCGAGCAGCGACCGCUGCGACUCUCUAUCACAGACUCAGAGUUGCAAUGGAUUGGUAGCGUUCUUCUUGAUAGCAAUGGACCAGAAUGGAUUUAUAGAGGGCAACACGAAUUCAUUCUGCUCUCCGAAGCUCAAUACUAUGGCCUUGACCAAGAAAAAUACGACGUUGGCGAAUUCCCUUUUUACUCAAUCAUGCUUGUGAAGCGUGAUAAUCUAACAGGAAUCUCAACCAGACUAGGAUUGGGAAGGGUCAAUAAGAUAGCUUGGAUGAUGGCUAACCCUGUUCUGAAAACUGUUGUUCUUGGUUGA